GGCUGGAGAGCAACAUUAGAGGACGUUUGGAAAACUGGAAAACAGCUGAUUGUGUCUUACAACAAACAAAGCCAUUGUAAGCAAGGGGACUCACAAGUUGUGGUAUCCAGUCUCGCAACGGUGGGGGGAUGUGAGAACAGUCGAGGGGCUCAGGGAGUACCUGCGGUCUGUCAUGAGGAGGCAACCACUGGAGGCUUGGGCAGCAAUGGCUGAACUGACUCCGGACAAGUGGGCAGUACUGUUGGACACGCAGGGUGGACUGCGGGCCAUGGCGGCACGCACCAACAUGCAGGUCACAGACUGGUUCCGACAUGACUGGGCCCUCUAUUGUAACAUCGUGGCUGUCGAUUUUGUCCGCAGUUCAGGUAUCAUCAGUAUUGCAAUCGAUUCCAACUUGCGUAAAGCAUUUAAUCUGUGUAUGUAACUUUAUAAGAAUAAAUCUCAUAAAAAACUAAA